GAGCGCGCCGCGCGCAGAUUUGCGCGGGUUCUGCGGGAGGGAGUCGUGCCCCUUGGCGUUCAUGGUGCGCUGCGGCUGCGCGUUGUUGAGAAAGUAUGGAAAUUUCAUCGAUAACCUAAGAAUCUUCGCCAAGGGAGGAAGUGGUGGAAUGGGCUACCCGCGGUUAGGUGGAGAAGGUGGAAGAGGUGGUGAUGUAUGGGUUGUAGCCCAUAAAAAUAUGACCUUAAAACAACUUAAAAACAAAUAUCCUCAGAAACGGUUUGUGGCUGGAGGAGGAGCAAACAGUCGAGUUAGUGCAUUGAAGGGCCCCAAAGGAAAAGACUAUGAAAUCCCUGUACCUGUGGGUAUUUCAGUAACUGAUGAAAAUGGUAAAGUUAUAGGAGAACUCAAUAAAGAAGAAGAUAGAAUUCUGGUUGCUAAAGGUGGCCUUGGUGGUAAAUUACAUACAAACUUCUUACCUUUGAAAGGCCAGAAGCGAAUAAUUCACCUUGACCUCAAAGUCAUAGCUGAUGUAGGCCUAGUAGGAUUCCCAAAUGCUGGAAAAUCCUCUUUACUAAGUCGGGUUUCCCAUGCAAAGCCUGUGAUUGCUGAUUAUGCAUUUACAACACUAAAGCCUGAACUUGGAAAGAUUAUGUACAAUGAUUUCAAACAGAUUUCAGUAGCCGAUCUCCCAGGUUUGAUAGAAGGAGCCCAUAUGAACAAAGGAAUGGGCCACAAAUUCCUCAAGCAUUUAGAGAGAACCAGACAACUGCUUUUUGUUGUUGAUAUUUCUGGAUUUCAGCUUUCUUCUGUAACUCCAUACAGAACUGCCUUUGAAACUAUAAUACUUCUUACAAAAGAGUUGGAGUUAUACAAAGAGGAACUGCAGACAAAACCUGCACUCUUGGCAAUUAAUAAGAUGGACUUGCCAGGUGCCCAAGUUAAACUGGACGAACUGAUGGAGCAGCUCCAGAACCCUGCAGGUUUUCUGCAUUUAUUUGGAAAAAACAUGCUUCCAGAGAAGGCUGUGGAGUUCCAACAUAUCAUCCCCCUCUCUGCAGCUACUGGGGAAGGGAUUGAACAGUUGAAGAGCUGUGUGAGGAAGUCGCUGGACGAGCAGGACAGCAAAGACAGCGAUGCACAUCAUAGGAAACAAUUGCUUAAUUUGCAGACAUCUAGUGCAGCAUCCUAAAGGGAGCCACACCAACGCAGCUGUUUCUGUGUCCAAGAAGGGCAGUGUUUAAGUCUAGUGUGAUGUAGUGGUGGAAUACUGUUGGGUUCUAGCGAAGAAGGAAAUCAUGUUAGUUAAGACUCAGAUGAGCCUGGGAUGCACUAUGUUCAAAGAAGCUGUCAGGCCCAGCAAGACAAAUACCAUGUAAUCUCACAUGUGGAAUCUUAAAAAACCAAAUUGAACAAGUAGAAAUCCUGAAAAGUCAUAAAUAUUAAGGAUGAGAAAAUAAAAGGUUAAGAGAUAUUGCUCAAAAGAUACAAAGUUUCAGUUAAGCUCUACAGAUCUGUUGUGUAACUGGUUGUUUAUAGUUAGAUCACUGUAUCAUAUUUUGAAAAUUUGUGAGAAAGUAGGUUUUAAGUGUUCUGACCACAAAGAAAAUCUGAGAAAAUUUAUUUUAAAUUAGCUUGAUUCUGUAUUUCAAAACAUGCUGUGUAUGAUAAAGAUGCAUGUAUAAUUUUUAUGUGUCAAGUAAAAAUGUUAUUUCAGUUACAUUAAUUUAAAAGCUUUUCUACAUUUUUUAAGAUUUCCUGAUAUAUGUGCCAUCACUCAGGAAGAGAAAAUUUCCUCUUCCUCUUCUGGUGUUAGCUCAGCAAAGCAAUUUCUUUUUGCAAAAAACAUCCACGAGACCCAAACUGGGCUAGCAUGCACACCGAGACCCACACGGCUCCUGUAUUUUACCCUGUGUGGGUGAUGACUGGGUCUUACCCCAUUGGUGGGAUCUCAACCUCACGGUCUGACUAGUGGCUGUUUGAAUCAAAGGAAACAGGAGUCCUCACUGACUAAAUCACCUAGAUAUUAGUUUCUCACAACUACCCCCUCUUUAUUCCAUUUUUCAAAUUGGGUAGCAUAUGUUCGCCAUUUAAAGUUUCUAGGAAGAGUAAAUGAAUCAUGUAAUUGAUGGGUGAGCCUACCUUCCAGGAAGGUGCAUUUUCUCAAUUCCUACUUCAAGUAUUUAAACAAUACUUAGAAAUAGAGAUUUUUCCUUUAGGUGAAAUUUGUUAUAAAAUGUAAACAUUCGCUUUAAAAAGAUUGUAAAAAAAAAAAAAAAUUCAAGCAGUAUACAGGAGUAUGAGGCAAAAGACAUUUCUGUUUGCUGAGACAGAAAACACUUCAGUCUUUCCCAGAGGAAGCACUGGAAGUAGCUUAUGUUUUUAUGGAAAGUUUUGCUCUUUUUCUUUCCUUUUACAAAGUAGGAGACAGUUAAUAAGCUUUAAAAUAUUCCUGGGCCAAGCAUGGUGGUCCAUGGUAGUUCGGGCCUUUAACUAUUUUAGUUGAAGGCCUCCUGGGCAACUUAGCAAGUUCUAGGCUAGUCUGGACUACAUAGUGAGACCAUGUCUCAAAAAUGUUGUUCUUUUAUAAUUUGGCCUGCAGCCAAGUGUGUGCAUCAUAUGAAUGCAGUGCCUGUAGAGGCCAGAAGAGGGUGUUGAAUACCUGGAUCUGGUAUUACCUGCCAUUGUGAGCCAUCAUGUGGGUGCUGGAAAUCAGACCCAGGUCCUCUGCAAGA